CAGCAGUGCUGCUCCUGUGGACCGCAGAGGGUUUACGGGAGUGCUCUGUUCCCUCUGCGGGUCUCUGGGCCUGUGGAAGUGCGAGGAGCUGAGCUGGUACUGCUAUAUCCCUGUCUGGUUGGACUUCAGUUUGCAAACUCAAGGUUCUUUUUAACUUUCUUUGUUGUGUAACCUUACCUUGAAAAAAGGUGAUUGUGCUCGAACAGCAAAGGCUUCAAGAACUUUUACUGGGUAUGAACAAAAUGGCUCUUCUCUGAAAAGACCUUUGUGUAUCUCCUUUUUAAAAAGAGGAAGAAACCAUGCUGUAGGAAUGGACUGUGCCUGAGACUUGUCUGCUGCUGGCUCUUCCUGUGGUUUAGAAUGACUGAGGAGUGUGUAUGUGUUGAUGGACAUGCCUCAAGGGUGUCAGAGUCCCUGCUGUUCUAUCAGAAGUGGCGUAUCUUAGUGAUGCAAAACACUAGACCUGUGCAAAUGGAUCCUGACAGUUCAGGAAACAAAAUAUGAGGAGAAAACUUAAAUCCCAGUGAUUUUUUUUUUUUUGCAGGUAUUUCAUUCACCUCGACUAUUUCUUCCAGUCUCACUGCCAAGAAUGAGAGCUUUCAUUGUCAUCUCUGGUAUUUGAUAUUCCUCAGUUUUUCACUGUGAUCAAAAAGAAAAUAUGGAGCUAGUCAAUGAUACAGUCCAUACUAGGAGGCAACCAGCAGUUUACGGAGUCCAAGGAGAAAUGCAGACUGAGGAGCACAUACAAGCACUCCUGGAAAGAAACGUACCUUCUGCCUUUGGUGGAGAGCCUCAAAUCCCUGAAAAGAAGAGAUGGCUACAUGGCAGGUUCUCCUGGGAGGGGUUCAAAAAGAUCAUAUACAAGAGGUUCCCGGUCCUGAAUUGGCUUUUUUCCUAUCAGUUCAGAGAAUGCAUCUUGAAGGACCUCCAUGCAGGCCUAAAUGUUGGGAUGGUUCGGGUUCCUCAAGAUUUUUGCUUUCUAGGGCUGUUAGAAUUUUGGCUGACCAGGUUACCUCUACCAGUGAUCAAUGGCUUCCUUUCUGCAUUCUGCUGCUCAAUGCUGUAUGUUGUAUUUGGAACUUCUCAUCACAUGUCAAUUGGCUCAUUCAGCAUCCUAAAUCUGGUGGUGAAAAAUAUUCUCAAGUCCCUUGAUCUCAACGAAACAUUGUCCUUUAAUAGUUCACUGGUCAAUUUUUCAGACCCUACACUUUUGAAAGGUUACAUGGAGGCCUUGACACUCACUGCGUCAAUAACGUUUAUGACUGGCAUAAUUCAGUUGCUGCUAGGCUGCUUCUGCCUGAAGUCUGUAACAGCAUAUAUGCCAAAGGCUCUCAUUGAUGCUUACCUCUCUGCAGCAGCAUUGCUUGUCAUUGUAUCACAGUUCACUUUUAUCUUUGAUGUCAUGCUUGACUUCCAUAAGGGCUCUCGAGACAUUUUCUGUAAUGUAUUUUAUUAUUUCCUGGCUCUCCCAAGGUCUAACGCCACCAGCAUACUGCUAUUUUUGCUUAGCAUGGCCAUACUACAAAUCAGUAAAACUAUCAGGAUAACUUAUAUACGUAGUCCUAUCGCAUUUCCUAUGGAACUUCUCUUGAUCAUCACAGCCACCAUUAUUGCUAAUCAUAUUCAUCUUCAUGCUGAAUCUAGUAGUGCUGUGGUCAGUAUGAUUCCUCAGAGGUUUCUACCUCCUACACUGCCAGAUUUAUCAAACCUGAGCAAGAUCAUAUUGCAUGCUUUCUCCCUUGCUACUGUAAGCUGCUUCCUUCUUGUUUUUAUUGGAGAGAAGUAUGCUUCGCUUCACAACUACAGCAUUUCCAGCAGUCAGGAACUAAUAGCUGUGGGGCUUUGCAAUAUUUGCAGCUCAUUUUUCAAAGGCUUUGCUGUCAGCUGUGCUAUUUCUGGAACUGUCAUUCAAGAGAAGACAGGUGGAAGAACCCAGAUAGCAGCACUGAUGGGAGCAGCUAUAAUGCUGGUGAUUGCAUUGAAACUAGGACGCUUUUUCCAGGUGAUACCUAACAGUGUGCUGGCUGCUAUUGUGGUAUUUAACAUGCUACCUUUUCUUGAAAAAAUUCUGGACAUUCCUACCCUGUGGAGAAAGGAUAAGUAUCAUUUAGCUAUUUGGCUUGGAACUUUUGCUGUAGUGCUUCGUCUUGGUCUUGAUAUUGGUUUAGUGAUCGCCCUGGCAAUUGCAUUCUUCAUAAUCAGCAUCAGGUCACACAGAAUGAAGAUGAUGGAGCUGGGACAAGUUCCAAACACGAAUAUUUAUGGAAGUUUAUCUGUCUGCAGAGCCGCAAUGGAGAUUGAUGGUGUCAAAAUCUUUCAGUGCUGUUCUUCCAUUUCUUUUGCAAAUAUGAAUAACUUCAAAAAUUACUUGUUACACAAGAUGGACAUGAAAACAGUGCCUCUAAAUCCAAAUGAAAUGAGGGCUUUAGUUUCAGCUAGUCUGUCUGACACUUCAGUGGAAAGCAGAGAUUUUAAAUGCUCUUGUGUCUGUGAUCCACCUCCACCACCACCUCAGGUACCAUAUACAGAGAAACUGGUGAAGUCACGUCAGGUAGACGGUACUUCCACGUCAUCUUCAGUUAAGUCGGUACACUGGUCAAAGUACAGAGUCAGACAAAACUCUGGGAUGCUCUUGCUGGGAGCAGCUAAUGCACAGUCUGCAUCUCCAGGCACACGACUUAAGCCUGAAAUGGAUAAGGAUGAAGGGAAACAAGCUGGUGUUUUACCGGGCUCUGCAGCUGCUAAUUCCUCAGCACAGUUGUAUCAGGAAGAACAGACAGUGCAUUUGCCAGGUCCAGUUCACACCAUUAUUUUGGACUUCAGCAUGGUCCAGUUUGUGGAUUUGCAAGGUUCAGACUUACUACGACAGAUCUUCCAUAUGUUUUUCAAUAUCGGCAUUACAGUCCUUAUAGCUGGCUGUCACUCCUCUGUGAUAGAAGCCUUUGAGAAGAAUGAGUUCUUCGACAGCUGCGUCACCAAAGAGAAGUUCUUUCUUACUCUUCACGAUGCUCUGCUGGCUGCUUUGGCGAAGCAUCAAAAGCCAGAUGAGAUAGAACUUACUGCAAAAGAGCAUGCUGAAAAGCUACAAGCUGAAGAUGAGAUGGAAAUAAAUUUGCUUAUGGAGAAGAAUGGAGGCUUUUUGUCUGCAAAGAAGCCUAACAGCAAACUACUGCGUGAAGAGCUAAUAUCAGAUAACUCAUGCUCAGCCCAGAAUGCAGCAGAGUCAAGCUCUCCCCAGCAGUUUGAAAUUCCAUCCCUUCAAUUGAAUUUCCAGGACCCUGUGUGGGACAAGGAAUGGAAGCAUAACAGCAACGUCUGAAUUGCAACUACUGGGGAAUUGGGAUUUCAGUAGAAGGAAGAAAGCUACAGUUAAGCAACAGUUCUGAUCAUUCUUAUCAGUAUUUGAUGCUCUUUUUUUUUUUUUUUUUUCCUGUUCCAGAGUUUUUAAAAUAGACAGCUUGACUAAUGCCUACAGUAAUUUCGUGGUUCUUAUCAAAAAGGAACAUCUAGAUAAUUAUUUUCAAGUAGAUAUGAUACUCUCAGCAAUGCACAAGAUAAUUCCUAGUUUUGGUGAAUUCUGGCAAAUGAUUUGUGUUUCUUUUCUGAAAUUAUUUAGAAGUUAGUUUAAAUGCUGCAGCUUAGCACUUAUGUAUUUAUUGAUUGGGAGUAAAUAAAACUCAUCUGCUGUCUCUGAACAGAUUACGUACAGGCAGAUUCAUUAUCUUCAGAGUGUGUAGAGUGAUGUGAACUUCAAAGAAAAGCAUUUUCUUAUUACUGUUCAACAAAUUGCGGAAGUUGAUAUCGUCAGCACUAACAUAACAUGAUGUCAGUUCUUUGAAUAUUUUUUCUGUUUAAUUUACCAGAACUAAAUCCCAGUAAACAAUUUUUUUAAUUACA